AAAGCAAGAAUUAAUUGUAGGCAUCAUCAUCAGUUGCCAACAUUGACGAGUGGAAAUGGAAACUUAGCUUACUAUCACGCAGUGAGGACCAAGAAGUUGUAUCUAGAGAUAAAAGGGAUAGAAGAGACUAUGAGCAAAUAUCUAACCUCGCCAAAAGGAUGGGCCUAUACAGUGAAAUUUAUGGGAAAGUAGUGGUUAUAAGCAAGGUUCCUCUUCCGAACUACAGACCAGAUCUUGAUGAUAAGCGGCCUCAAAGGGAGGUUGUCAUCCCACUAAGUUUGCAAAGGAGAGUGGAGGGCUUGCUUCAGGAACACCUGGACAGAAUUCAUCUCAGUUCUGAGAAGUCAGAUGGUAUGCCUAGUGAAAGUCUGGCCGCUGAUAAGGUUGAAAAUGUAACUAUGGAUGAAAAUCCAGAUUCUUUCUUAGAUGACUCUGUUAUGGAGAAGGUUCUUCAAAGGCGAAGCUUGCGAAUGCGCAAUUUGCAAAGAACUUGGCAGGAGUCACCUGAAGGCCACAAAAUGAUAGGUUUUCGGAAAUCUCUUCCAUCAUUUAAGGAAAAAGAAAGGUUGCUUCAAGCAAUUGCUUGCAAUCAGGUUUGAUUACAGGACUGACACU